UUUAUCUGGGUAAAGGAACACUGUUCCAUCAUAUGCCUGCGUGGGAGAUGUAACAAGUGUGUGUAGUGCACCACCAGUACGACGAAGUGUCAAGUUUGGAAUGAGUUUGUAGGAUUUUUUUUCAGAGGAAAAGGUUCCACAUGCGAUUGAAACAACAUUAUAAACAGUAUAAUUUCCUCAAGGGUGAUUACAUCGAAUCGCUGAUCUUCGCAGGGGAGAUAAUGUGGGAGCAAGAUGAAUUCGAAAAACAUUGGAAGAAUGAAUUUCCUGACGGAGAAGCACCUAAAAUGGAUUUAACCUCGGUGGAAGAUGUCGAGACCGAGCUGGAGAAAUGUAAAUCGAAUCUCAAAACACUGCAGCAGGCGCUGUUGGAGGAGAAAUUCAAGGUGAUAUAUUUCCAGACCACCAUCGCUCGACAGAAGAAAAGUUAUGACAAGGUGAUGUGGGAAGACGGUAAAGACGAAAACUUGAAUAUUGAACCUUUAUUAUCAAGGACAGAAACGGAAAGAAAAUCGCUGAGGACAAAAGAAAAGCUAGACAGGGAACGUAUGAAAGUUCUUGGUAAUGGAAGCAUGAAACUGCAGACGACAGGCAGCAAAGGCACCAAACCAGAGCCGCCGAUCAGGAUCAGUAGCAGGACAGGUAAACCUAUACCCCCCGCGCCCCCGCGCAUGUCCAGCUUCCAGAAACAAGUGAAUACGAUCUCAUCAGAGGUCUCUCAGGCGGAUGGAAACUGCAUCGGCCGCAUAGGGAAAUUGAAUUCCGUGACCGACAACAACAGCAGAGAGGCCAGUGACCACGAAUACGAGGAUGCGGAGCUCAAUGAGAAUUUCGUAAAGGGCAACCUGGUGACCCCAAAAAUUUCCGUCAGAGAGAGCCAGAGGUCCAACACCCACCGGGACUCCCCGCGCCCGUUGCGCCACAGCAGGGACUUCGACUCCAGUGAUGAUGGGAGGUUGUCUCCUUCCUGCAUUCCUGCGCCCUUCAGGGCAUCCCGUACCGGUGGGUCCGGGCACAGCACUCCAGACAGACGCAGUGAUGGCAACUUGAGUUCCGACCAUGAAGACUCCUCUUCAGACUUCAACUAUAACACAGACGGGUAUGACGGAGACACAGCAGAGGAUCGUAAGAGUCAGGACAGUUCAGAGACCAUGCCCUUCAUAGAUGAGUCCCCCACCAUGUCCCCGAGCCUGUGUGCCCGUGGUCCCGAUGGAGAGGCCAUCUCCCCCGUCCCCCCAGAGGGUCUGCUGCCCGGGGGGCACAUAGAGAAGGGUUUGGAGAUGAAGAAACUGGUUCUGUCUGGCUUCCUGGCCAGUGAGGAGAUCUACAUCAACCAGCUGGAGGCUCUGCUACUGCCCAUGCGCCCCCUGAAGGCGACAGCCACCACGUCCCAGCCGGUGCUGACCAUACAGCAGGUAGAGACCAUCUUCUAUAAGAUCCAGGACAUCUUUGAGAUCCACAAGGAGUUCUACGAUGCCCUCCUCCCUCACAUACAACAGUGGGAUGAGAAGGUCGCAGUCGGACACCUCUUCAAGAAACUGGCCAGCCAGCUGGGGGUGUACAAGGCCUUUGUUGACAACUACAAGACAGCGGUGGAGACAGCAGAGAAAUGCAGCCAGGCCAACACCCAGUUCCAGAAGAUCUCUGAGAACCUGAAAGUAAAGGGACCCAAGGACUCUAAGGACUGUACCACGAAUGUCACCAUGGAAGCUCUCCUGUACAAGCCGAUUGACCGUGUGACCAGAAGCACACUGGUUCUUCAUGACCUGCUGAAGCACACCCCUAAGGACCACCCAGACUUCCCCCUGCUGCAGGACGCUCUGAGGAUCUCCCAGAACUUCCUGUCCUCCAUCAACGAAGAGAUCGACCCCCGCAGGACAGCCAUCACCACGCCUAAAGGAGAGGCUCGUCAGCUGGUGAAGGAUGGUUUCCUGGUGGAGAUGUUGGAGGGUUCCAGGAAACUGCGUCACGUCUUCCUCUUUACAGACCUGCUGCUCUGUGCCAAAAUGAAGAAGACCUCUGCAGGGAGACAACAGCAGUAUGAGUGUAAAUGGUACAUCCCCCUGGCAGACCUGACCUUCCAGUUGCUGGAUGACUCGGAUGUCUGCCCCCACAUCCAGGUGCUGCCUGAACACGAGAUAGAGGAGAUAAAGAUCAAGAUCUCAGUCAUCAAGAGUGACAUCCAGAAGGAGAAGAAAGCGCUGAAGGGCCAGAGUCGUAACGUGGAGCGUCUGAGGAAGAAGAUGAACGAGCAGGAGUCAUGGCUGCUGUUACACUCUCCCACCAUCCCCUUCCGCAUCCACAACAAACACGGCAAGAGCUACCUGUUCCUCCUGUCUUCAGACUAUGAGAGGUCAGAGUGGAGGGAGAGCAUCCAAAAACUACAGAAGAAAGAUCUGCAGACGUGUCAGUUGAGCUCUGUAGAGCUGCAGGUCCUCACCAGCUCCUGCUGCAAACUCCGAACCGUCCACAACAUCCCUGUCACCAGUAAUAAAGAUGAUGAGGAAACCUCAGGCCUGUAUGGAUUCCUCCAUGUGAUCGUCCACUCUGCCAAAGGCUUCAAAGAGUCAGCCAAUCUGUACUGUACCCUGUGUCUCUGUGUCCUGUUCAGAUCUGUACUGUACCCUGUGUCUGUGUCCUGUUCAGAUCUGUACUGUACCCUAGAGGUGGACUCUUAUGGCUACUUUGUCAGCAAGGCCAAGACCCGCGUCUUCAGAGACACCACUGAACCACAGUGGAAUGAGGAGUUUGAAAUUGAGCUGGAGGGUUCUCAGUGCCUACGGAUCCUGUGCUACGAGAAAUGUUACGACAAGACCAAGCUCAACAAGGAUAACAAUGAGAUCGUGGACAUCAUCAUGGGCAAGGGCCAAGUGCAGCUGGACCCCCAGACGGUGCAGUCCAAGAACUGGCACGUGGACGUCAUAGAGAUGAAUGGGAUCAAGGUGGAGUUCUCCAUGAAGUUUACUAGUCGGGACUUGAGUCUGAAGAGAACGCCCUCCAAAAAACAGAGUGGGGUGUUCGGGGUCAAAAUCAGUAUUGUGACAAAGCGCGAGCGCUCCAAGGUGCCUUACAUAGUCCGCCAGUGCAUUGAGGAGGUGGAGAAGAGGGGGAUCGACGAGGUGGGAAUCUACAGGAUCUCCGGGGUGGCCACUGACAUCCAGGCCCUCAAAGCAGCAUUCGACACCAAUAGCAAAGACAUCCUGGUGAUGUUGAAUGAUAUGGACAUCAACGCCAUUGCAGGGACUCUGAAGCUGUACUUCCGUGAGCUGCCAGAGCCCCUGCUCACUGACCGCCUGUACCCAGCCUUCAUGGAGGGCAUAGCUCUGUCAGACCCUGCAGCCAAAGAGAACUGCAUGAUGCACCUGUUGCGCUCUCUGCCUGACCCUAACCUCAUUACCUUCCUCAGCCUGCUGGAGCAUCUCAAGAGAGUUGCUGACAAGGAGCCCAUUAACAAGAUGUCCCUCCACAACCUGGGCACAGUGUUUGGCCCCACCCUGCUCAGACCCUCUGAGUCAGAGGUCACCAAGGGACACAUCACACUGGCCUCUGACAUCUGGUCACACGACGUCAUGGCGCAGGUCAGUGUGACUUGGGUCCAGGUGUUGCUGUACUACCUGCAGCAUCCUCCCAUCUCCUUCGCUGAGCUGAAGCGGAACACACUCUACUUUUCCACUGAUGUUUAAUCCCUUGGGGGUCCAGAGGGAAAGACUCAACAGCAAAUCCCCCACCCAGCUCCCUUUUUAAAACUGGACAGCCCCCGCUGAGAGAUUGAGUCAGACGUGGGGGAAGAGGAGACAUGGUGCUCCUCCUGGAUCCCAUAGUCACGUCUUCUAUUGUCAUGUUAGUGUGCAGUACAUCCCAUCUGGUGAAGUGCAGGUGUGGAGGGAGCAGCAGACCUCUGGCCCACAGUAACCCCACAGACAGCCACCAUUCUGGGACCUCUAUCAGUGAGGGGUUAAAGGUCAGGGUCUGGUUUGUUACUGACUCCAUUUCUCUUUUUUUCUCCAGAGGCAUUCCAAGAAUUGCAUUUACAUAUUUUAUAAAUAUUAUUUGUUCAAUAGUUCCUUUGUUUCUCUCUGGCUUUGUGCAUGUGGCGGAGGAGGGCUCUGUGUGUAUGUAGAACCGCGUGGGAGCAUGUGUGUGUUAAAGCCAGGAGCUGAGGACUGAGCUUGCAAGCCGCCAGUAAAGCCAUGUCAGUGAAUGGUCACUGUCAGAUUUUCUCUCCAUGUGCAAAGACAAGAGAGCACAGCUCUCCCUCUGUCUGAGUCUUGGCCAAAUUUGCCCCUAUUAUUUAUAAAUAAAUAUAUUACGUGUGCAGUCCAGUACAAUUAGAGAAUUGCGCCAAGGAGUCUGUUUGAAGUUUUUUCAAGUAGUGUGUUUUUUCCCCUUCUUAUUCUUAUUCACAGCCACGGUUGGCUGAGCUGUACUGAAAUGAUCACAGCAACACAGUGUAAAAUCUGAGUUUAUUCUGAACCACUCUUUAAAGAGAGAUAUCAUCAAUCUGUGAGAUGAGGGUUAUGGAAAAAUGUAACACAUUUUUGAACAUUAGCUUUUUUUUCGUCAUUACAUUGCAAGCCUGUUCCGAGUGUCCAAUGACACCAGUUCUAAUCUUUGGGAUGAUGUUUGUAGUGUAAUGCCCUCAUUGCAUGUUCAGCUUGUCAAUCAUAUCAGGGUGGGUGACAAAGGUAGGUUGUUGCACCAGCAAUCUCCAUCAAUGCUGUACAAAUCCAACCUUUCUGCUAUCAAGCCUGAGACAUCUUAAAAUAAGCACUGUUUGAUGAGUCCUAUUUGAUAAGAUUUAAAAGAAAAUAUGUAUUUUACUUUGAGAACAAUGAGUAUACUGUAUUAACAAGGAUAAAUAUUGAUGUAAACUUUUUUUUUGUAAAAUAAGUGUACCAAAAUGAAGUUGUCUUUAACUUUUAUUGCAAGUAAUAAUUGUUUUGGUACUUGUGUUUUUGUUUGGUGCAGCAUACUGCACUUUGUGAUAGUUGGGAAGUGACAUUCAUUAUCAUUUUAUCAGUACUGUCCAUACUCAAUUUUUUGCACUGCAAUCUUAAGUAUUCCGAAUCUAUUAAGCAUGCAGUUACCAAACAAAUCAUUAGAAUUGAAAAAUGAAUACAAAACUACAGGAGCAAUUAGCAGUGUUUUAAUUGAUAACCAGUCCUGCAAUUAAAUGACGCAUCGAACCCACAACUCUUGAGUUCAUAUUAUUCACCAUUAAUGAAUUUUAAACAUCUGUAGAUCUUAUCUGGGUGGGCACGUCCAGUCAUGUAAUGCAUUGCUCAAUGACUUUAAAUAAACAAUUUACACCGGU